AUGAAUAUGAAAGUUUUUGGACUCCUCAAACUCAACAUGAUGCUGCUGGUGAUAGUAGCAUUGAUCAACUUGAACAUUGUUUCUGGCUUUGCUCACGAUAUUCAUGGACUUGGAGACCAGCCACUCUCCAGAAUUGCCAUCCAUAAAGCUGUUGUUUCUCUCCACAGUAAUGCCUCCAUUACAGCCUCCUCUCUCGGAGUCUCCCCUUCUCUUCUCGGCACACAGGGUGAGGAUACCGAAUGGGUGACAGUAGAUCUUACUUACCCUGAACCAUCUGGGAAUGAUUGGUUCCAAUUUGUGAGUUACCACUACCCGGACUAUACAAAGACAGGAAAGGCAACUUUGAAGUUCCAGUUGAUCAAUCAACGUGCAGAUUUCUCCUUUGCGUUAUUUACACGGGGAAUAGGGAAUGUAAAUACAGGGGCUCUUUCAGUUGUUCUUAUAUCUGUUAUCUUAUCUCUACUAAAGCAUACUCAUCCUAAACUUGUGGCUAUUUCCAAUUCCAUAACAUUUGUCAAUCCUAAAGCGCCUCUGUAUCCACGCAUUGCUCAAGGGAAGUCUUGGGAUGAAAUGACCGUUACCUGGACCAGUGGAUAUGACAUACAUGAAGCUACACCCUUUGUUGAGUGGGGUCUUCAGGGAAAAACUCAAGUGCAAUCUCCGGCUGGAACAUUGACAUUUGCUCAAAACAGCAUGUGUGGAGCACCUGCAAGAACUGUUGGUUGGCGUGACCCUGGUUUCAUACACACAAGUUUCCUCAAAAAUCUGUGGCCAAAUCAAGUGUAUACAUACCGAUUAGGGCAUCUUUUGUCUGAUGGUUCAUUUAUUUGGAGCAAGAUGUUUUCAUUCAAGUCAUCACCUUAUCCUGGACAGGACUCACUGCAACGUGUUAUCGUAUUUGGUGACAUGGGAAAGUACCCUCAAGAUAUAUCAAAUUAUCAAGGUAUUGCCAAGAAACCAAGUGUUUUGGAUAUGAAUGUGGGCCAGGUUAUGGCCCAUAACGGUGGCUAUGAACCCGUUUGA